AUGUCCACGAAGAUACCCGAGUGGGUGAACACAGUACUCAAAGACAAGGACAAUCAAGAAGCUGUCAGCUCGAUCUUGGAACCAAGAAUCAUCCUGCUGAAGAAUCCAAGAGUGACUCAAUCCAUCUCUGCUGCCGGGGAUACUGUACCGGGCUUGCAAGAGAUCUCCAAGAAAUGUCCAAAAAUCUUUGGCUACAAGAGGGUGGUUGAUUCUUUGUUGGAGGUGCUGCGAUGGAGUUCUGGAUUGAGUGCACCACGUGAUGGCAUCGUGCAGCAUCAGCUCACAUGUUCGCUCUUGAUGGCAGGUCACGAGGAGCUGGAGGUUUGGCCCAUCUCGCUGGUUCAGGCGUAUCUCGAGGACGCAUCGGAGAAACGGAUGUGGGUGGAUAUCCCACAGGCGUCGGUUCUCGUUUCGAACAUCCUGACUGCAUUCCCGGGGCAGUCUGAUGCCACGUCGGUCGUGUCAGACACCAAGUCACAAUCGUCAUCGAAGGAGCCUGACAGCAAACGAAGAAAGAUCGCGGCCUCGGAGUCUCCCUCGCUCCGCCCAACCUCUGCCAACUCGGGGGCGAGUGCAUCUUACUUCAACGAAGAAGGCAUGGAGAACCUAGAGCUCUCUUCUUCCUCCGGCGCUCCAGCGGAAAAGUCUCCGGUCCGCCCACGGUUCAGGAGCGCACCACUGCAGCAGGAGAUUGCAAGGAUUUCCUUGGAGGUGGUGAAACGCUGCAUCGACCCCUCGACCAGCAGUGAGGCAAAUCAGAAGCGUCUGCAGAACUUUCUUCGCGUGCUGUCCCACUUGGUGGUGUACGAGCCGAUCAGGAAGAUGGUGGUCCAGAAGUUGGAUUUCUGGAUCAACAACCCCAACCUCGUCCGUUACGUGAAGGAGAUCCUCCCCCGGCUGGCCGUCUCUUGUUUGCAGGACUCUGAGAUGGAGAGGGACACCAUGGUCACUCUGCUCCGAAUGAAACCCAAGGCGAACGCCAUCCAGAUGCACAACGAGGCGAUCGCGACGAUCUGCAAGACCAACAUUCACUUCCAACACGUGGCCAUGUACCAGCUCAUGGAGUCCGAGAUGCGAUCUGGAGAUUUGCAGGCGAACAAGGCGCUCAGGAACAUGCAUCAAAUAAGCACUCUUUUCAAGAAUGCUGGCUGCGCUCUGUUCUCCACCGAGCGAAGCCCUGAGAGUGGCAGUGGGCUGGAGAGACAUUCGGUGUUUGACUUCGGCAUUGGAAGCAUUCAGUACGUCGUGCGGGGCAAGCUCAAGACGUACAGCCCCGAUACAUUGAAAGGUGAUGCAUCUAAAGAUCGUGUUGUGGUGGCGUCGGAAUCCGAUCUCUUCGGCGACAACUCCGAUGCUGAAAACCGUGACGUGUCUCGAAUCCACGACUUGGCCAACAAGCUACACAGCCUAGGAGCAGCAGGAUUGGUUCUGAUUGUAAAUUCUUCACCUAAGAAUCAAAACCCCAAGUCAUGGCAGCCGGGAAAGCUGAACAUCCCUGUGGUAGUCAUGCCGGCUUCAGAAGCAUCUGUGAGUUUCAUGGAGGCCUUGCGCGCAGAGAGUUAUGCAAUCAUGGGAAGAACUCCGAGAGAAGUCGAGCUUGCUUUCACGCUGAAGCUACUGGCCAAGGAUGCAGAUAAUUGCGACCUUUUACCUGUUCUUCUUCGCAAGGUUCUCAAGUGCUGUCAGAGUUUCCAAGGAACCCCCGAGCUUGAUGCUGUUGCUCUCUGCAAGGCAAUUAUGGAUCCUGUCGAAGAGAUGGAGCAUGAGCCGUCCGAGGAGGAGCGAAGUAAGUGGGCAUGGGCGAUGGUGGAGCUAGUCUGCUUCGUCUGCAUCUUCGUUGCUGGGCAGACGGUGGAGGCCGUGCAGGCGCCGGUACAUGCGGAUAGAGGAAAUUUAUCGAGCAGCGAGCAAAGAUUAGACAAGUCGAUGUCAAAAUUUCGCUAUCAGGUUGUAAGGAUUCAAGAGAUGGCCAUCUUGUGGUUGUCAAGGGUGCUUGUGCGAUACUUGAAAGGGGAAAAGUUCGUGGCAGCGGUGACAAAGUUGCUUUUCUGCGACAAAUCUACGUCAUACGGCUCAGAAACUCUAGUCCUUGAGACGCAAGAGAAAGCUGGCAUCAACCGGCUGCAGAGUGACAUGGCUGUGACGGAAACAUCACUCCUUGAGAUCGCGUCGUGGGGGAGGAGUCGACCAACGGGCUUCUUGGUGGAGCCUUGGCUGGUGUUGGAUAUCCUAGAGAAGAUUAUCUCACGAGCACUUUCCAUCGUUGGCAAAUCAUCCCCUCUGCCGAGCGACGAUGGUGGAGAUAACUUGGAUAACCUUGAGAUCUCUGUGAUGGGCGUCAGCAUCUGGGAGGUCAUACUGGAGCUCUGCACGUAUGCGAACUUGUAUCCAUUCCUGAAAGGAUUGGCUCCCUACGAGCGGCUGUGGCAGGCUUACGUCAUCAUUACCAUCCUUGCUGCUCUCAAUCCAGAGACCCUCGGGCAGGUGGCAUGGUCGAGCAUCCCGACUGUUCGGGUGAUGCUUCAGAUGCUGGUGAUGCGUCGAUUCUGCUUUCCACCUAUCCGCACGGGCCAAGGGAAUGCAGACGAGAUCAAGUCUCCUUCGCAUCCAUCGAGCUCACAGAAGGAAGAAGAAGUCAACGAAGUCCUCCAACAAGACCUGAUCGCCAGGAACAAGGAGUUGGCUGCCAUCGAUCUGGCUCGCCAGCAGCUUCAGAGCACAAAUUUACCGGAGAAGGAGAGGUUUCAACAGCUCCUAGAGAUCUCUGUCGUUGUCAACCCCACGGGGCCAGCACGCUCUCCACCGAAGGAGAAGCUGGCGGAUCUUGAGAAGUUGGACACGAAAGUUGGUCUGGGGAACAUCCUGCGGCAGUCACGGAACCCCGACAUGUUGCUCGAGACGAUCAAAGCGCAUGGCUCCGACUCCUCUUGUGUGCAGUGGCUCGGCGACAUCCUGGAGGUGUAUCCCUCCACCGUGGAAGCUCUGCCGGCAGUCACCAUCUGCCAGCUCCUGUACAAUCACGUGGAGCAGAAUCUUGGAGUCAAACGACUCGUGACUCGCCUGGCCCGCUCGAUCAAGACUAGCACUGCUGAGACGUGGGAGCAAGACUGGAUGGGAAUAACGUUCUUCGUUGACUUCCUUGAGAGCAUCGAUGAGGGCAAGAGGAAAAUUGCCGUCAAGGCCCUUGACCUGAUCACCUCAGCCGUGACAAACGAUGCUGAAGGGUCCGUGGUGCCGGAGCCGAACUCCAAGACUCCUGUAGAGUUUGCUGCCCCCUCGUCAACUCCCCCCUUGAGGUCGGAGGCUGACACAGCACAGGCCUCUCCUGUCCUUUCUCCCGAGAUCCUGAAUCAAGACAAGCAGAACCAACAGCAGGAGAGCUGGUUGAAGGCUCUUCUGGCCCUCGACGUCCCAGAUGCCCUGCGUGAAAACCUGCGAAGCAGAUUGCUCGGGGCCUUGUUCACAGAGACCGAUGUUCAGCUGCUCUUGGAUUAUCUGCUCUGCCUGCGAUCCAUGCAAGAUGUCAUCUCAGUCUCCCUGGCGCAAGAAGUUGCAAACUUUGUUCUGAAGAGAAGAGUCCUGGUGACGUACUUGUCUAAGCUCGAAGAUGGCGCCCACGUCCUCCGCAAGACACUCCUCGAGGCGAUUCAAGCAGACCGCAAGGACGAGAUGGAGGACGAGAGUUUCGUGAAGAUCGGAGACUAUGUGAUGACGAGGGAUCUCGCUCGUGCCGGCAUCCAUGCCAUCUGCUUGGAGGAUGAAUUCUGUAUGGAAGGAACGGAGAACUACGAGGAGCGGGAGAAGUUGAUCUCAAUCCUGGUCUCAGAUCACGCAGCGCUCUCUGUCCUCGAGCUCGACUAUCACGAUCUCCUCAUCAUGCUUCAGUCUCAGCUCCAACGCCUCGUCGAUGCGGCGCUGGGAGUCUGCACGGCCCAGCAGAUGGUAGAGUCGCUCAGCGUCUUCGGCCUCAACGUCAAGGUGCUGGCUACCAUUGUCUCUCGGCUUGAGCAGAGCCCAGCCGACGUCGACCUGAAGUCUCAGAUCCAGCUGGGCACUGGUGCUCGCAUCGUGAGGAUGUUGUCCUCUGACUUCCCGCGCGAGUCAUCGUGGCUGUCGGAGCGUCUCGAGCUCUCUUACGGUCCCCCGAAAGUCCUCGCCCCUCCACCUGUCGACGACCUCCUCCUCGACUUUGCCGCUCACAAGGAGCUGGCGCAGGAGUUGGACCUUGACGUGGCGAAGAAGGAAUUUCCCAGCUGCCUCGACUCUCUACGUCAAGCUGUCGGGGGCGGCGACCUGGAUCACUUGAAACUAGAGAUCUGCUUCCCCAUGUGGAGCUCAGCAGAUGGAGGGCUGCUGAGAGCGGUGCCCUUCUGGUGGGCCUGCAGGGUCGCAUCGCUAAGGGAGAGGAGCAGCACGUGGGGGCCGGUCUGGACGUUGACGUUUGAACCAAAGGAAGACGCGACCCAGAAGAUCUCUGCCGUGCGCAAGAGCUUUUGCCUCCUCCCUGGCCACCUUGCCGUCGACUUUGGGAGCCCGGAUCACAACGUUCUCUUUUGGAGGUUGCAAGGGGAUACUUCUUCGGUGACGAGGACCUUCUUUGUCGGGGAGACGAUCAUGUUAAGCUCGGAGCGUGUGAAGGGAACGAUCGUCUCCAUCAACACCAGCGGGAAGGUGAGCGUGAAGAAGGACGACGGGAGCACGUGUGAAACAACUAUGGAGGGGCUGCUGCCGUUGGGCGAGGAGGAGAGGUCGAACCAGGAUGCGCACUUUCAUGAGAAACUCCGUGAAGCCCUCGAGGGCCCCAAGUCGUCGGGCCUGGCGUUGCAGGGCAGCAACAUGGACUUGGACGAGACAGACGUGAAGUCACGUGGCGUCUGGGGCGAGUUGGUUCUGGACAUGCUGCGCCAGUCGCGGGAUCGUCGGCGUUACGGUUCCUCCUGCGACCUCCUCUAUGCUCUGAACGCGCUGUCGAUGGUGAAAGGCUCCUCGGACUCUCUGGGGGAGAUCGUCGCCUCUGCUUUCUCGGUGGGCAACGGAACUUCUUCUCGUCAUGCUGUCUUGUGCUCUGCUCUUCUCCAGCACGACCGGGGCUCGGGCUUGCAGGCGUGUGCCUCAUUCCUUCUCAACCAUCUUGUCUUCCGCAAGCCGCAAAGCGCCAUGACAUUUGAAGGCUCAGGAGAGUCAACGUGCGAGGGUCAAGUCGACUGUGCCAUGGCGCUCGACGUUCUGUCUGCGUGCAUGCUGGGGAGCAGCAGGGUGAGAGAAGGAGACUGGGGUGAGGGAGGAGGGGGAGAAGUCUCGGAGACCAAGACAAGGAAGGAGAACAGCGGCAUCGGAACUGGACUGAGGAGGCUCAAGGCGGAGGAGUGCGUCACGCUCGCUCUGCUCAUCGUCUGCGAGAGUCUGGCAAACGAGCAGCGGGGAAGCAUCAGAAUGGGGAGGAUCCAGCUGCUGCUGGAGGGAGUCGCCAACGAGACUUGCUCGGCGAGUGCCGUGCGAGAUUGCCUGCUCGAUAUCUUGACAGGGGCACACGGGGACUCUGAGGCAGGAAGUGAAGGGGAUGAGAGAGGGAUGGAAAGGGGGAAGGUCGACAGGGUCGAUGCUUCCUUGGAGCUGAAGUUUGCAGCUCUAGACCUCUACGAGCGACUCAGGAUGUCCCUUCCUCUCCAGCUGUCUGCAAGAGCAGCGGGAUUGCCAGUCGUUGCCCAGCAGGAGCUCUUGCAGAUCAUGCAGGAGCUCAAGGGGGAUAGCAGGAAAACUUCUUCGAGCACUGCGCUGAUCCGACAAACUGCCAAGUUGGACAGGCUGUUGCAGAACGUCUUGAUCUUCCUGCAAGACAAGUCCAAGGCCCAGGAAGCCAUCGUGGUCGCCCGACAGAUCGCAUGCGCCCAUCCCGCGCUCAUCGCGAACCACAUGCUCUCCAUCCGCUCCCUCUGCUCGGGCAAGGCGAUGCUGCGACUCGCGGACUUCGUCGAGAGGAACGGACCCCAGCUCUUUUCCCACGUCAUCACCAUCCUAGAAGCUGCGAAGCCUUUUUCGCUCAACAGCCCCUUUUGCUCCUCCUCCUCGCUAUCGUCCUCGUCUUUUCGUGCUCGUCCAGAUCAUUUAUCUCCUCUCCCUUCUACCUGCUUCUCUUCUGGCCGGACUUUCUCGCCUUCGCCUGGUCUGACAGGAUCCACCAGUGCGCUCUCUCUCGUCCUCGAAGAAUUCUUCUUCCUCUACGCCAGCACCGCCAGGAGGGAGGAGCUGCUGAAGCCGCUGCUGAGCAAGUUCAUGGGACUUUGCCUGAGUGUCGUCAAGUCCAGCUCACCCUCAGCUGGACACGUCAGAGAGAAUGUUCCCCUCCUCGAGAAGCUCUGCGGUUGGUACCCAGACGUUCCCGAGUUGCAAGCCCUCCUGGAGUUGCUCAACCCGUCGAGCUUCGUGAAGGGAUUGGGACUGCAAGAACUUCACGGUGCCAGCCGUCAAGUGGAAGACAUAUCCUCGCGUCUUCGACUGAGGAGGAGCAUCCGCAUGAUUGGGACAGGAGAGCGAGCGAGCGAGGACGAGUCCUCUGCCUACCGCGGUCUGACGCAGGCGCUGGAGGAGGCAGACGCUCUCAUCACUGAGGAAGUAAACUUGCAGACGCUGUCCUGCCUUGAGAGGCCUCUGCUGGACCUGACAACAGCUCGAAGCUCUUCUAUCCGCAUUCUCGUCUAUCGCCUCCUCCUCCGCCUUGCGCGGAUCCUCCCUGAAUCGGCUACUCGAAUAGCCAACAAGCACUUCCUCUGCAUGUGCUCUGAAGACGAUGGUGUUCAGCUUUCUGCCACAAGCUUUGCUUCCCAAAUGGUUCACAUUUCUGCUCCUACGGCACCGAAAGUUUUGCGGAAGCUGCUGGCCAUGGCGCGAGGAGGAAGCAAGACGGCAGAGAAAGAACUGAUGCGCGCGGUGCAAUCAGGGUUGGAGUAUCACUGCUUAGAGGCUCGGUGA